GGCGAAGUGCUUCUUACUCAGCGAAUUGCUGGUGUCAUGGUGGUAGGCAGAAUGCCGUUCAGGGCCAAAACUAAAUAUGAGCUCACAGCAGUCAGCCAAAGCAGUGGAAGGUACCGCCCGCAGCCAACACCAACAACACAACACGCUCCUUACCUUUGCCGGUUAACGCUGCACUGGCUGAACCGAACGUUGACGGACGUUAGCGGCGAAGAAAGGCGCCUAGUCGCGUCGACCUUACCUGCUGCUUGUCACUGCUACCGACAAUUACAACUACCUGUCUUGCUUUGCUGGGAAGUGCAGUUUUUUCUCGUAUUGUGCACUGUCGUCAAGAAAUGCGUUCCUCUUAGCAGAAGAACCUCUCUAGCUGGGUAUGCACCGGUCGCGCUUCUUUUUGUCGACGACAUAUGCAUACUCGUAGCAGCCGGAAAUAGUGCUACUUCUUUUCUUUCCACGUUAUCGCUGAGUACUGCGUCGGCACAAGUGCGUUUCUUCCUUUUAUUCUAUUCGAAUUCUGUUUCGGCCUGUUUCUGUUCGGCGAAGCACGCUGCAUGUGAUUGCCGUGUGCUGUGCUGCUGCCUUGCAUGGUGCAGGCACUGCAGGAAGCUACGACCAGUACAGCGGUGGCGAUCGACUACUGGCGCUAGCUUUCCUUUAUCAAGUCGCUUUUAUACUUUGUCUUAUUGUCAGGAAGGCACAACUCCCGGAAAACCUUGUCGGCGCUUUAUUUGUGCAUAUAUAUUGAUGAGUGUCUGUAAUCGCGACUGAUCCCUUUAUACGAUACCUUCAUAACAGUGUAUCCAUAUAAACGUGUAUGUUUUGAACUUAUAUCGGAACGGAAUUAAACGGAGGCUCGGGCGAUGCGCGCGUGUGGAUUGUUAUUACACCAGCUAAUAAUCCCAAUACCGCCGUAAACCUGUUGUUUGCUUGAACAUCGGAAACUGCCAAUGUCCCUGGACGACUAGUUAUCAUUAAGGCCCGUCCAACUCCAGUCCGGACAAUUAAAAUCAGAUCUUAGGUCUCUUCCGCCGUGAUUGUCCCGCCUGGUUGUGAUUAGGGCGACUUCCGGUGGCUGUCGCUGUCGUAUUAGCACCGACGUGUACAAGUACACCAUGGCACCGUUAACACUAGCCAACAGGGGAGUGUUCAUUUUGAUAUUCCUCAGGAUUUCUGCAGCCGCUGAUCUCAAUCCAGCCGCCCCGGGCGACCGCUGCCUGGACAACCAGGGCCACCUCAUCGACUCGGGCGACCGCUUCAUUCCCAGCCGGACCCGGCCUUGCACCGAGUGCUUGUGCGCGCGCGGCAACGCCGUGCUGUGCGGCAUCGCCAUCUGCGUCGGCCAGGUGAACUGCUCGCUGGCGCGCUGGAACAACACGCUGUGCUGCAAGCCCGAGUGCAUCUACCAGAAGCGCCUCAUCCUCUCCGACCUGCGCAACUCCAACUUCAACGGCCGCGCCCCGGAGGCGGGUGCGCCGGGCCCCACCGCCCCCGCCGGCAACCGCGACCUGCAGCGCAGCAACGCCAACAGCGGAAGUAAUAACAACAACGCCGGCAACAGCUUCUUCGACACCGGCGCCGUCUUCGGCAUGGACGACGCCGCCGGCUACAUUCCCAGCAGCAACUACGACGUCUUCAACGUCGACCACGACGUCAACGGACCCGGGCCCGCAGGUCCCACCGGGAAUGGCACCGGAAGUGGUGUGGCGCGCCAGCAGAACCUGCCCAGUCCGUAUUAUCCCAUUCUCAUCGGGUUGAUCAGCUGCGCCCCGGUGGCGCUGUGUAUCAUCUGCAUCAACGCGUUAAGGAAGUACUUCCACGCGCGUAAUCACCACACACACCGGGGAUUCUUCUCGGGCGGUCGCCGACGACACAACCGUCAGCAUAAUCCGCCCAACGCGCCGGUAGUGGAGGCCCCGCCCCCCGUGUACAUGGACCCCCCUCCGGCCUACAAGGACCUGGACGGGAAGUGCAAGGCGGAGGAGCUGCCCAAGUACGAGGACGUGCUCAAGUACGACCAGGAGGUGGAGGAGCGCCGCGCCAGCAUGUUCCCGCUGAGCGUGAACACCGGCAUCUUCGCCACCACCUCCAGCGCCCGCUUCCCCUCCGCCGAGCCCCGCAGCUUCACCAACCUGGGCUACUCCCACACGGAGGGCAGUCGCGAGUGCGUGUCGCCUGAAUCAGGAAGCAGCUCCCUCUCGAUAACGCUGCCACCAACGCGGAGCCGGUCGGAGGUGGGCGAGGUGUCCGUGACCCCGGAGCCGACGGCGCUGCGGUCGGCGGUCAGCAGUGACCCGUCCAACGGGACGCAGGAUUCCGUUUUGACCCCGCCGCUUAGUACGGGUCUGUCGCACAGCGAGCCGCCCUCGAGGGCGCCGUCACUACGCGGACCGACGCGACGGGCCUCGCUGGGCGACGCCGGCGCCGGAGGGUCUUCGGAUCCGCGGUCGCCGGUCAAAGAGUGAAAUGUGAUGUGCCAGGAUGUCGCAAAUUAAACGGGAUGAAUGCUGAAACGAACAUUGUGAUACUGAUAUUUUAUUGUACUUGUUAGUUGUUUGCCGUUAUUUUCACAGUCCCUGAAUCGAAUAAUGUCGGAGAAUGUCUCUCCUACACGUGCAGGGUUUUAAUAAUAAAUGACGCGGAUAAUAAACAGGACAAU